GAGUGCACUGUGUGGCAAAUUGUUAUUCAGCCCUCAGCCGCGUCAGGCUGGCAGAUGACGUCAUCAUUAAGCGUCAGUGUUUAUCAUUAUUAAGUGGCAGGCUACGUGUGAUAAAGAAACCUUGAAUAAAGACUUGCAUCAAAACAGAUGUCAGCAGGGUCUUGAGCACUGAAUGAGGUCUCGUGUUUUCUCUGCGUGGUCCUCCUUGUGGAGCUGAGAUGGGGCAGCAAAUCUCCGGCCAGUCUGUUUUGGGAAAGCUUCCUGAGAAGCUCCUCAGGCAUGCAGGAUUGGUGCGGGAUAGUAGCAGUCUCACAUAUGAGGAGUUUCUGGCGAACUUAGCAGAGCUGAAUGAAGUAACUGCUAAGCUGGCAGUUGGCCAACCAAAGCACCUACUCUUCGAAGUUCAGACAGGAUCUGAUGCGUCUGCUCUGUGGAAAGUGGCUGUGAGGAUCGUGUGCACCAAGAUUAAUAAGCAGGAUGGCAUCGUGGAAGCUUCACGCAUUAUGAACCUGUAUCAGUUUAUUCAGCUUUACAAAGACAUCACCAGCCAAGCAGCUGAAGUGCUGACAGCAGGGGGCAGUAUGGCGAGUUCUUCUAGUUGGGUUUCCUCUGCUUCGUUUUGCCCUGCCAGCAUGUGGAUGGGCAGGGUGAAGCAGCUGACGGAUGAGGAAGAGUGUUGCAUCUGUAUGGAUGGAAAAGCCGAUCUUAUUCUGCCUUGUGCACACAGCUUUUGCCAGAAAUGUAUUGAUAAGUGGAGUGGUCAGAGUCGAAACUGUCCCAUCUGCCGGAUCCAGCUGACAGCUGCAAAUGAAUCAUGGGUAAUGUCUGACGCACCUACGGAGGAGGACAUAGCCGGCUACAUUCUCAAUCUAGCUGACGAUGCUGGCCACCCUCACAGACCUUAAUACGGCAAUAACCACUCAUUGGGCCUCAUUUUUCAAGCUGGGAAGAAACCAAGUUAUUUGUAAAUCAUUCACUUGGGGAUUUACAAAAACCUUGGCUAAUCAUAGAAGUUUGCAUCAUACAGGAGCUCGUGGAUUGUGAAUGUACAUUUUCAUAUUAACAACUUAAAAGUAAGAAAUCCAAAACAAACCCAUAGAUUUGGACAAAUAAUUCUGGCUAGUCAUUGAGGAUGAAAGAAAUACGGCUAUGUAAAAGGAGAAUGAGUACUAAGAAACCACAUUAAGGAGGUGAUCUUUUCCCAUUUAGAUGUUCUUUUCUUGCAUUCAGCUCACUGUGAGAUUUGACGUUUACGUUGAUGCUGAGUUUUGUGGGUGUCACUAAAAGCAAAUCAUCUGUAACAUGAAUGCACUUUGCACUUUAUGCAUGAUUUGCAUUUAUCAACAUAUCCAGAAGCAGAAUGACUGUUUUGCAAAUUGUUCAUACUGUUUGGCUCAUGAAAACACACCCAACACACACUAUCAAAAGGUUGACAAAUGAGGCCUGUUGUAUAUUUCUGGGUUGUUUAACUUCACUUUCAAAAGUCAUUAGAAAACAUUUAGAUGUAGAACAUUUUUAUUAUGUGAGAUCUGUUGACUACCUGCUGAUUUAACUUUUAAUCCUAUAUUAAAUGUGUACAGGAAAGUAUGAAAAGGAACAGAGGUUCUAACGUCACUAUAUGGAUAAAGGUUUGUGGACAAAUGACUAAGAUUCGGAUGUGGGGUUUUUUUCUCCACAUUGGCUGGGAAUAUGUUUCAUCAGAUGCUCCAAUUUUGUGGUUACAGUUUGGGGAAGAACCACACGUGGCUGAAAAACAUAGGAGUCCCAAUACUUAUACCAUAUAAGUUAUACCAUAUAGUAUAUCUUAGCUGGUGAUCGUGAAGUGACUGUACAAGUGCAUUAGAUUUUCUUUUAGUUCUCAGAAGUGUUUCAAAUCAUUUUUUCAGUUAGGAGGUUGAUUACAAGUGUAUCUACUGUGAGUUUGGUAUAAGGCACCCACAAGCUACUUACAUAAAGAGUUCUGAGGAAGAGUUUUCAUUGCGUGAGAGGAAAAAUGUUUCAGCUAACAUAGUUAAUUUGCUUGAUUAGUUUGUACAAUGUGAAUAGAUUUCUGCCGUUACAGCUACUGAGAAGAUUUUAAAUGUUUACUUAUAUAGACACGUGUGUUAGUCAUUUUUCUCCUCUCAAUUUAGCAGUUAAUUCUCUUAAGAAACAGCUGAAUAAAAACUAUUUCUGGUUUAUCACAGGCCAUGCAUAUGAUAAGAGCAGCACACUGGAUAUAUCAUUUGCUUCACAUCCUAUUGUAAUUAUUAUAAUUGUUAACAUUAAUAAUUAAACAUUUUAAAUGUUUAA